CAUAUAUUGUGUACACAUGUACGGCAUGUAUUGUGAUUUGUUAUCAGUCUUAAGUACGUCUGUAAAACGUGAUUUUUCGUAGAGUAUUAGAUUCAUUUUUCGUUUCAGUGCUCUACAUCGUUUCAUUUCAUACAAAAUAGUAAAAAUGCUUCGGCAGGUUAUCCCACGAAUAGUCCAAAAUAUCCAAAAAAUCGAAAAAAGACAAUUAUCUGCUGCUUCUAUUGAGAAUACGAAACUAGAGAAAACUAUAAAUCAAGUUACCCUACUAGGAAGAGUAGGAAGCGAUGCACAAAAAAGGGGUACCGAAGAUCAUCCUGUUGUUAUAUUUUCUCUUGCCACGCACAGCAACUAUAGAUAUAUGAAUGGUGAUUUCGUGCAACGGACAGAGUGGCAUAGAAUAUGCAUUUUUAAACCAGCUUUACGCGACACAGUUUUGAAUUAUUUGAAAAAAGGACAAAGGGUAUACGUCUUAGGAAAAAUAAAUUAUGGGGAAUUUAAAGAUGAAGAGGGUGUUGUAAAGCCAAGUACUAGUGUAAUAGCGGAUGAUGUGAUAUUUUUCCAGUCUUAAACUAUUAUUACGUAAGAAUUUGUCAUGUAUCUUAAAAUAUUGCUCGUCCACUUGCAAUGAGUUAUACAAUAAACAGUUUGCAAUUUUCUAAAAUUGUACAGGUUUUAUUUUCUACAAAAUCUGUAAAUAGAAAUGAAAUAUAAACUUUGUCGGCAGAUUGGAAGGGAAGAGGAUUGUAAAUGCUGGGAGAUAAAAGAAUUUUCCAGGGCAAUGAUGCUCUUUAAAAAUUCUACAACACAUGCGUGAUACACAUGUAUAUGAUAUAUUUCUAAGGAUAAUAUGACAAUUCGAACUAAGAUCGUAAUCGAGAUCGAGACAUGGAUUUCUGCAUUGCGUAGGGAAUAUUCUUUUUAGAACGUCCAUUUUUAGAGUGAGAUGUACAUUCGUAUGUAAUCAUGUGUGUAUAACGUUUAUGGAUUGACACGUAAGUCUAGUACUUACGAAUAAAUAAUUUUUAGAUACAAUCACA